AUGGCGAGGGCACAAGAAACGUCCUUUUCCCGCUUCUAUGGCCUUCCCAAUGUGCACAAGGAGGGCGCUCCUCUCCGGCCCAUUGUAUCAGUGAAAGACACUCCAACGUACGAACUGGCUAAAUGGCUGUUUCGGCGCCACAAAUUCCUGACCUCUGAUGCGGAGACCACGGUCCGCUCAUCAACACAAUUCUUGGAGAAACUUAAAGGG